CUUGCUGCAAGCAAGUUGCUUCCUGCAACCGUUCUCUGUGAGGCUGAAGAAAAGCGAGAAUAAAAUUGAGAGAUCAGCUCACUUUCAUGCCCAGAAAAUUGUGUUGAUGCUUCUUUGCAGAAUUUCAUGUUCUCCAGCAAAAGUUAGAGCUAGAGGAACAGCUAGAGAAGAAUCUGAAUUGAAAAGCAGCAACCAAGGCUGGCAUUGACCCCAGGCUCUCCUUUGAGAUUCCGUGGAAGAUCCUGAUGGAAGAGAAAGAUACUCAGAGAAAGGAGGUCAUGGAGGAUGGAGUUAGUGAUGCCCAACAUUUUGAUCCCUGCAAGAUUAUGGCAGAGUGUAGCCACAUGCAAAAACAGCUGAAUUUACAAAAUGGUAGUUUAGAGGAAGGCUUUGUGGUUAAUUCCCUGGAGAACCAUCCCCCAGACAUGAUGGAGAGCCUAAACUCAAAGAAAUACUCCUCCAGUCUGAAGUUUAAAGCCAACGGAGACUAUUCUGGCUCCUAUUUAACCCUCUCACAACCUGUGCCUGCUAAGAGAAGCCCUUCCCCUUUGGGUACCAGUGUCAGAAGCAGCCCCUCUUUAGCCAAAAUCCAUGGAAGCAAGCAGUUCUGUGAUGGAACUGACAAAAAUAUUUCCAUGAAACCUCCCACUCCAUCACUCAACACUGUGUCCUCCGUUGGUGGAUAUCCACUUGGGAGAGCAGAUUUUGAUCAUUAUACUGGUCGGGAUAGUGAAAGGUCCUUGAGACUCUCAGAGAAGCUUCCUUAUUCCAAAUAUAACUCUAGAAAUAAAUCACAUGACAGUGUGUAUUUUCUUGGAGGACUAGAAGGGAGAAAGGCAUCUGGUUCACUCUUGACCAUGUGGAAUGGAAGUUCCCUUAGUGACUCUGGCCACUCUCCCAGCAGCAGAUCAGGGGCGGCAAGCAUGCCUUCAAGCCCAAAGCAAGCCAGAAAGAUGAGCAUCCAGGACAACCUGACUCUUCAACCCAAGGUAACCAGACACAAAGACCCAACAUCUGAAAACGUCAGUUUAAGAACUAGGAAGUACUCUGGUGGCAGCCUAAGUCACAUGGGAGCCUAUAGCCGAUCACUUCCCAGGUUGUACAAAGCCACAGAGAACCAGCUGACGCCUCUCAGCUUGCCUCCGAGAAACUCUCUGGGUAACUCCAAAAGAACCAGACUGGGGGAAAAGGAUCUACCUCAUAGCAUUGUAGACAAUGAUAAUUACCUUAAUUUUUCUUCGCUAAGCUCAGGGGCUUUACCCUAUAAAACCUCUGCGUCGGAGGUUAGUCCUUAUGUAAGUUCCACCCUCAGCGUUCCUGCAAGUCCUCGAGUCGCUCGGAAGAUGCUUCUGGCCUCCACCUCCUCCUGUGCCUCUGAUGACUUUGAUCGGGUUUCCUACUCGGGCACAAGUGCGAAUCACUCAUUUUCUGCUGGAGAACCAGACAGAGUGUUUGUAGCCAGGAGGAAUUUCUCGUGUGGCUCUGUGGAGUUAGAUGAUGCUGAUUUGGACAGCCUCAGACAGGCCUCAGGAACCCCCCAGCCUGUCCUUCGGGAACGGAAAAGCAGCAUUAGCUCCAUUUCAGGACGAGAUGACCUGAUGGAUUAUCACCGGCGGCAGAGGGAGGAAAGACUCAGGGAACAGGAGAUGGAGCGACUGGAGAGACAGCGUCUGGAGACCAUCCUCAGUCUCUGUGCUGAAUACACAAAGCCCGAGGGCCGCCUGUCCACGGGCACCACGGUGGCAGAUGUGCAGAAAAUCAACAAAGAGCUGGAGAAGCUGCAGCUCUCCGAUGAGGAGUCCGUGUUUGAAGAAGCCCUGGUGUGCCCUGACGCAAGAUACCGGUGUCACCAGAAGGGCUCUCUCCAUGACGCUGACUUGGGGGGCUUGGGGAACCUCAGUCAGAGCAGUGCCAGCCUCCUCGCCCCCAGAAGCAUGAGGAACGAUGAACUGCUCGGGGACCUCACCAGGACCCCACCGCCUCCCACCUCUGCCUUCCUGAAAGCUGCCAGCGAGUCCUCUUACCUAAGUAUCCUACCAAAGACCCCAGAAGGUAUGAGUGAAGAACAGAGGGCUCAGGAGUUGGCUGCAAUGGAGGACACCCGGAUAGUAAUCCUGAACAACCUUGAAGAGCUUAAACAAAAAAUCAAAGACAUAAACGAUCAGAUGGAUGAAUCUUCCAGAGAGUUGGAUAUGGAAUGUGCCCUUUUGGACGGAGAGCAAAAAUCUGAGACAACGGAACUCAUGAAGGAGAAGGAGAUUUUGGAUCAUCUAAACCGGAAAAUAGCAGAACUGGAAAAGAACAUUGUUGGUGAAAAGACCAAGGAGAAGGUAAAGCUUGAUGCUGAAAGGGAAAAACUAGAGAGGCUUCAGGAGCUUUACUCCGAGCAGAAGACCCAGCUGGACAAUUGUCCUGAGUCCAUGAGGGAACAGUUACAGCAACAACUGAAGAGGGAUGCUGACCUGUUGGAUGUUGAAAGCAAACACUUUGAAGACCUGGAAUUCCAACAGCUGGAACACGAGAGCCGUCUGGAUGAGGAAAAGGAGAACUUAACUCAGCAGCUCCUACGUGAAGUGGCUGAAUACCAGCGGAACAUCGUCAGUAGAAAGGAGAAAAUUUCUGCCUUAAAAAAGCAAGCCAAUCACAUUGUUCAGCAGGCUCAGAGAGAACAAGAUCACUUUGUGAAAGAAAAGAGUAACUUAAUAAUGAUGAUACAAAGAGAAAAGGAGAAUCUUUGUAAUCUGGAAAAGAAAUACUCCAGCCUCUCUGGGGGGAAAGGGUUUCCUGUUAACCCUAAUACUUUAAAAGAGGGCUAUCUCAGUGUAAAUGAAUUUAAUGAGCCAUCUGGCCAUUCCACGAAUCUGUCCCCUUCCACUCAGUUCCCCACUGAUGCUGACGCUGACGCUGACGCUGCUGUCACUGAGCCUGCCUCAGCUGUGCCGGUGAGCCAGCCCCAGAGUCCAGAGCCAAGAUCACCUGUCUGUCCUGGAUUUAUGUUCCCUUCCACCCUUUCUCUUCAUCCUGUCACUCAACCUCCAUCAGCCCCUUGGCCGGAAGUCAUGGCUACAUCUGUCGAUUCUUUCCCUCUAAAUGACACACCUCCUCCUCUACCAGCUAAGAAACACAGACGGCAACAGCAGCAGGACCAACAGCACUUUAGAAGUCUGGAAGAGAGGAAAAAACAGCAUAAAGAAGGCCUCUAUCUGAGUGAUACUUUGCCUCGAAAGAAAACCACACCUUCCAUCUCCCCACAUUUCAGCAGUGCCACAAUGGGGAGGAGCAACACCCCGAAGGGUCACUUGCCGCUGGGACAGAGCAACAGCUGUGGCAGUGUGCUUCCUCAUUCACUGGCAACUAUGACCAAAGACGCUGAAUCUCGGAGGAUGCUCAGAGGAAAGUCCAAGAAAGGAAGAAUGAAUUCCUCAGCAGGUUAUAAUCACCAACAGAUGAGUGAAGGACAAAGGCAAAAAUCUGAAUUUUACAACCGCACAGCAUCAGAAUCCAAUGUCUACUUGAAUAGUUUCCAUUACCCGGAUCAUAGCUACAAGGACCAGGCCUUUGACACUUUGAGCCUGGACAGCUCUGACAGCAUGGAGACCAGCAUUUCUGCCUGCUCACCUGACAAUAUUUCUAGUGCCAGCACUUCAAAUAUUGCCAGGAUAGAAGAAAUGGAGAGGCUGUUGAAACAGGCUCAUGCAGAGAAGACCCGACUGCUUGAAUCCAGGGAACGGGAAAUGGAAGCCAAGAGAAGAGCUCUGGAAGAAGAAAAACGGCGCCGAGAAGUCCUAGAGAAACGCCUGCAGGAAGAAACUAGCCAGAGGCAGAAGUUAAUAGAAAAGGAAGUAAAAAUAAGGGAGAAACAAAGGGCACAGGCUCGUCCUUUGACACGCUAUCUGCCUGUCCGGAAGGAGGACUUUGAUUUGCGGAGCCAUGUGGAGACUGCUGGCCACAAUAUUGAUACCUGUUAUCACGUAUCAAUCACAGAGAAGACAUGCCGAGGUUUCCUCAUCAAAAUGGGUGGAAAAAUUAAAACUUGGAAAAAACGCUGGUUUGUUUUUGAUCGGAAUAAGAGAACAUUUUCUUACUAUGCAGACAAGCAUGAAGCAAAGUUAAAAGGAGUCAUAUACUUUCAAGCCAUUGAGGAAGUAUAUUAUGAUCACCUCAAGAAUGCUAAUAAGAGCCCUAAUCCGUUACUCACCUUUAGUGUCAAGACACACGACAGAAUCUAUUACAUGGUGGCCCCAUCGCCGGAAGCCAUGCGGAUCUGGAUGGAUGUGAUAGUUACUGGGGCGGAAGGUUACACUCACUUUUUGUUGUAAUGAAUUGAAGUAACAGUCCACUUCGGGGCAGACUGCAAUAAUCUCUUACAAGAAUGAAGCCAUAGUCAACCCCUGAUGGAAACACCCAACAGACCCAGUCCCUAACUGUAUACUUAGAACUCCUCCAUAAUGAGAAGCUGUGUGUGAAAACUAAAGAAGGAAGGAAGGAAGGAGCUUUAAUUCAAAGCUUGAUCAUAAAUGGCAAAAGAAUUGAAGCUCCUAUAGAAACACUAUUUUGAUAAAUAUCACUAAACAACAUUUCUUACUAUUUUUUUAUCAGUUGGUCAUGGUGAAAUAAACUAAACAGUUUACAAAAUUUCUGUAUAUGUGUACUUGCAAAUAUGGAAUUACUAUAACACCCAAAUUGUUGCCAUCUGUUGACAUUAUGGUAAUCAGCUGGCUUUUUUUUUUUUUUUUUGGAAGUACCAUUAAACAAAUCUAAGCAAAUAAAAGCUUGGAGGGGAAUAUGUUUUAGAAUAAGGACUCCACCAAAACCAAAGACUUGACAUGACUUUUGUUUAGCAGUAGUAUCUUAAAGCAGUUUAAAGUAGUAGUAAUAUUUUAAACAGUAUUUUGAUGCCACCAAGAAAUUAACUUUGCAGUGUCAUCACUAGAAGCUACUGUACAUUUUUGUAAAAGAAGAAAGAAAAAAAAUCUGUAUUUUAGAAAAAGCCAUCUCAGCCAAAAUACAUGUCACAUUGGGUAAUUUUAACUAUUAAGUGUGAGGAGCUUUUUUGUGUAAGAUUUCUCCAUUCUCAGUGCUGAGAAUGAAGGCAACCGAUAGCUAAUUUCCUUUAGAGUGUCUGAUUUGUCUGUUAUAGAGCAUACCUAUCAGUUACACCCUCACAUGAGAUAGCUAUGAAAUCACAGUUGUUUUCACCAAAGAACAUAACAAAAUAGCUAUAUACAGAAAUGAUAUAAAGGCAAAAUUCAGCUUAACAUUCUCUAUAAUAUUUUAUUAUAUAUUUCCUUAUAAUUAGACUUUGGUUUUUAGAGUUAAAUUAAUUUUUGUGAAUGAAAUGACUUCAGGCAAAUCUCUCUUAUAAUGGGUUUUCAAAUGUCACACUUUUUUAUGUUUUGUGUGUUUGUAUGUAUGAAUGUACUCUUUCCUAAUCCAUUUUGGAAUAGAAUUCCAAAUAGAAUUCCAAAAUGAUGUUAUUUGCAAGGUUAAGUGAUUAAAAGUGUCUUUAAAACUUUGUGAGACUUGACUAGGUACAAUUUUUUUUUAAUGUCUGCAAUAUGCUUUGUAUUCAUGUAUACAUGUUGCCAAUAAAAUUUGCAACUGGAUGACACAAGAUCUUACUUGAACAAUGAAGAACAAAAAUCAUGACUGUAAAGGAUCUUUUUAGAAAUCAGACUUUGCAGAGAUCACCCUUCAAUGCUUUAAUGAUCCAAGAGAAUGAAAUGCAGUAGCUAAAAUUUUUGUUGGUUAAAGAUACUUUUCUGUACUGUAUUUUCUCAAUAGGAUAAUCAACUUGCAUGUUGUAAGCCUUUUAAAUAUGUGUUAAACAUACUGAAUUUGGAUUAAAAUGUUAACCUGA